GAGAGAGAGAGAGAGAGAGGGAGAGACAGGGACAGAGAGCGAUCGGGCUGCGCGAGGAUUCGUUGGCGCAAUUGGAUUUGGCUUUCUUUAUUCCGUCCGUCGUGGAUCGUCGACCUGGACCCGGACGCUGAAACCGGAUUCACACUUGCCUGGAUCUCGGGGCCCUCGGGUCCGAGCAUUUUAUGCUGGCCUGACUCCAUUCGACGAGCGGGCUUAUAAAGCGUGGCCACGCUUGCUUCCUCACAGACCGCAGGCGCAACAAGUCCCAACCACCGCGGAGCAAGACGCAGCAGAAAAUCCAAUUCUAUUCUAUUCGAAGACAUUUCCUCGUUUCCUCAUUUGCCCUCCGUCAUCGGGACUCGUCGAGCAAGAAGAAGAAGAAAAGACGAAGAAAGAAGAAGAAGAAGAAGAAGAGGAGGUAGAGAACCGAACGGCGAAUCUGACGAGAGCUUCGAGAGCGGAAAUUUGGAGUCCGACGGAGCGAAUGAGAGGCAAGGAGUCGACGAUUUGAACGUGCGAAAUCGAGGUCGAGCUCCGAGCUCCUCUGCCGCUGCUGGUCCGCGAGAGGGCAGAGAGGUUGUUGCGGGGAUUCUUGGGUUGCGCCGACUUCCCUCGUUCCUUCCUUGCUCACGGUGGUCGAAUUCCCGUUGGGAUCGUCGAAGGAAGGAAGGAAGGGGGGAAUUGCGCUCGUGGUCAGUCAUGACGACGGCCGGAACGAUGGUCGUGGCACGGCCGAGAGUCUCGAGAUGGAUGCUGCUGUCGUGCGCGGCGGUGCUCGUUCUGGCGCACAUGGCGUCGGCGGCAUCGCAUUCUUCGUCGAGGAAGGAGGGGGCGGCCGGAGGCUGGAGCCCGAGGGAGAGAGAGUGGAGCGAAGACGAGAGCAGCGGCGCCACAGGCACGGAGGAGGUGAAUCGUGGUGAAUCGAAGUCGUGGCUGCCGGGAUUGAAGAGGCUAUCGGAUCGAAUCUUCCAAUUGGCUGAGGAGGAGCAGCAUUGGCCGGUGCUGAAGCUGACGCAGGUGCGGACGAUUCUGGGGAUCAUCUUCGGGGGGAUCGGAGCGGGGCUGUCGAGCGCCGGAGGGCUGGGCGGCGGCGGGCUGUUCGUGCCGCUGUUCAACCUCAUGCUGCAAUUCGACCCCAAAACCUCGGCCGCGCUGUCGAAUUUCAUGAUCCUCGGCGGCAGCAUCGUGAAUCUAUUUAUCAAUCUGCAGCAGCACCACCCGGUGCACAAGCACAAGCCCGUCAUCGACUUCGACGUGCUGCUGCUGAUGCAGCCCAACAUGCUGCUGGGAAUCAGCGUGGGCGUGAUCCUCAACGUCGUCUUCCCGGCCUGGCUCAUUACUGCGUCGCUGGCCGUGGUGCUGGGCUACAUGACCGUGCACUCCUUCAGCGGCGGCGCCAAGCGCUGGAAGCGCGAGACGCAGCAGAACCUCGCGCGCCGCAGGGCCCUCGAAGCGCCCCCCGUCGCCAUCUCCUCGUCCACCACCAGCAUCGAGGACGAGGCCGCGCCCAAGCUGGGCUUCCGAGCCGGCAAGGACGAGGGCGCGCACUCGGACUCGCUCACGAAACCUCUGCUCGAGGCCGAGGCCGGGGCUGGGGAGGAGGCCAGGCCGAAAUUGAGGCUUUUCCCGUGGAACAAGAUUCUCGCGCUCAUUUUCGUCUGGCUGGCAUUCUUCUCGGUGCAAGUGCUUCGCGGAGGCAAGGGCGGGCAGAGCAUUCUGGGCUUCGAGCAAUGCGGGCUCGGGUACUGGCUCAUCACCGCCUCGCAGCUGCCUCUGGCUCUGAUCAUCACGGCGUGGACCAUCUCGCAGCUGCGCCACGCCACGCACGGCACCCCGAAGAGCAACGAGCGCAAGAGCGGUGACAUUCACGAGGUCGGGUACGUGCUGGGGCCGGAGGCCGCGGUGUUGUUCCCGUCCAUGGCUCUGGUGGCGGGAGUGCUCGGGGGGAUGCUGGGCAUCGGGGGCGGCAUGAUCAUCAACCCUCUGCUCUUCACCGUGGGCAUGCUCCCCCAGGUGACGGCCGCGACGUGCGCCUCCAUGGUCUUCUUCUCGUCCUCCAUGUCCGUGCUGCAGUACUGGCUCAUGGGCCGCAUUCCCAUCCACUACGCGGUCAUCGCCGGCGUUCUGUGUGCCAUUUUCUCCUGGUUCGGCAUCACCAUCGUCCACAAGCUCAUCGACAAGUACAAUCGCGCCUCGCUCAUCGUCUUCUCAGUGGCCUCUGUAAUGGGCGUCAGCGCCGUGCUCAUGUGCGGCUUCGGCGGCUGGGACGUGUGGCAACAAUACGAGGGAGGGGCCUACAUGGGAUUCCAUUACCCAUGCUAGUCUCUCGAGCGUCUGUCAAAUCCCCACCCCUGCAUUUCCUUCUUGCAUCACUUUCAUCGACAAUUCUUCGACGAUUUUGCAGUACAUACAUCCCUCCACCUCCACCUGUAAAUGUCAUUGUUCCACCCCACCCCCAAUUCCCUCGUUCAGAAGGAAAAAACCGAAAAAACAUUCGAAAUUCCUCGUAGGAACGUGUUCCUAGGUUUGAGAUCAGAGUAGGUAGCAGCAGCGAAGUGUCGAAGCUAGAUGGAAACUCGGUGUACAAACGUGUACUCUACAUCUGUAACAUAUCAUCCAAAGAGCAAAAAAAAUAUUAUGACGGCAGAGGAGAGGCCACCAGCUCCUCCUCUGUUCGUCUUCCAAGCAAGUCUUCGUCCCCGAUCUCUCUCUCUCUCUCUGUCGCUUUCGCUCGGCCGCUCAGAACGCAGCACUCGUUCGCCGGAGCAUGCAUAGAAGUUCACCAGCAGUCGUCG